GUUAUUGUCAUGUAAAAAAGCGCUAGCAAUAAGACCAAACGCUUUGCUAUUGUCCAAGCGGAAAGAGCCAAGUUUAUUAUGAGGACUAUAUGCUCUAGAGACCUCGGGCUAGGCGGCUCUUAGGGGGCUUUUCAUAAAACAGGGCUAGGUUCCUAUAAAGGAGGCCAGUUUUGGAGCAGGCGCUGAGCAGUGAACAUCUUCUCACCGUCCAGCCCUCUUCCAACCAGUCCAAACCAAACAAGUCAUCAAACUCAACCGCGCGUUUUCCUCAGCUUGAUUUUUAUUUGUUUUUUUUUUUCCAAACCCAUUUUUUGGGUGCUUCUGUUUCAUUUUUUUUUCCAGGGGAGUGCAGCUUUCAAUCUCAACCUAGCCUUUUCAAAUGUAUAAAAUGGAGUAUUCUUACCUAAAUUCCUCUGCCUACGAGUCAUGUAUGGCCGGGAUGGACACGUCGAGCUUGGCAUCGGCCUACGCGGACUUCAGUUCGUGCAGUCAAACCAGUGGCUUCCAGUACAAUCCCAUCAGGACCACUUUCGGGGCCACCUCCGGCUGUCCUUCCCUAACGCCGGGGUCCUGCAGUCUGGGGACCCUGCGGGAUCACCAGAGCAGCCCGUACGCCGCAGUUCCCUACAAACUCUUUACCGAUCAUGGAGGGCUGAACGAAAAAAGGAAGCAGAGGCGCAUCCGGACUACGUUCACCAGCGCGCAGCUGAAGGAGCUGGAGCGGGUUUUUGCAGAGACUCACUACCCCGAUAUCUACACCAGAGAAGAACUGGCACUUAAGAUCGAUCUGACCGAAGCGAGAGUGCAGGUGUGGUUCCAAAACCGUCGCGCCAAAUUCCGCAAGCAAGAGCGAGCAGCUGCCGCAGCAGCAGCGGCCGCCAAGUCCAGUUCUGGAAAGAAGUCCGAUUCUAGAGACGAAGACAGCAAAGACACCAAAACUACCGACCCAGACAGCACGGGAGGGCCGGGACCGAACCCGGUUCCUACUUCAAACUGCGGAGGACCAAGCCCCACCGCCGGUCAGGUCAACACCACCGGGAACGGACAGGUGGACCAAGUGAAGACCUCCGUGUCAUCCGGCAUGGGAGUGACGGCGCCAAGCCAAGGCUGGGCUACCGCGCCCGGAACCAUCACAUCCAUUCCGGACUCGUUGGGCGGGCCCUUCGCCAGCGUACUGUCCUCUUUGCAAAGACAAAACGGAGCUAAAGCGACAUUAGUAAAGACCAGCAUGUUCUAAUGAGGCUUAGAAAAGUUGAGUUCUCUGGAGACUGAAAAGCAAUCGCCCGAUACAGACUGGAGGACAAUAAAAAAGCAGUUAGAAAAACAGAUGAAUAUGAUUAUUUCAUUUUUACCUCGCGCUUUUCCUUGUGGUCACCAAUUUUCCUGUAAAAUAUUCAUCUUGACAAGUCACAGUUUCACACAGAAUGAGGUGGAGAGCAAACUGGGAUGGGUGAAUUGUUGCCAUCCUCGCCUGAUCAAGUCUCGCAGAUAAUUAUCUUAAAUAAGCAGCGAACGAGGCAAUAUUCACUCAUUUAAUAUAAUAAGACAUCAUACCUCACCUUAAUUUAGCUUUAGACAGAAAAAAAUGAGUAAAUGACUUGUUCAGAUGUAUAUUUUUGACAUCAUAAGGAUGAAAGGUGAAGGUUGGCGCACUGGAAACGCGCCGUGUCUUCAGUGCGCAAGAGAGAGCCUCGUUAAAUCACAUUCAGAGUCAGAGUUCAACAGCUGCUUUUGUUGGGCACAGAGGCGCCUGAAAUCCAUGACUGAGGAUGCUUUGACACAACCAUCUACCGAAGCGCUUUUUUGUUCUCUCUAUACACAGCCUACUGUGUGGACGCUGCGUUUUCUUUUUUCAUUAAGGCUGCAGAGAGUUUAGUUUCUUUAAAUUGUCGCUAUAAACACACUUAUUUCCUCGAUAUUAAAAAAGGCACAAACUACUGCAAUGUUCACCUCAGACAGGAAAUCUGUAUGUUUUGUGUGUCUUUCUACGGCAGUGUUUUUGUGGCUCAAUUGUAUAGUGUUAAUACGUAUUCUUGUCUCUUAUAGUUGAACCAUAGGCCAUAUUUCCUUGUAGAUCGCCCAUACAAGUCUUUUUGAUGUUUUACUAAAAUUCCCUCGGAAGAAUUUAUUUUGGGUAAUAAAAAAAGGGGGUGGGGUGGAUGCAGACAUUGUAUUUAUUUCUAUAUAAUUUGCAUGUUGUCUUUUUGUCUGAUUUUCAAAUGAUUUUUCUCCCAUUUUGUGAGCAUUAUGUAACACGUUUUUGUCCAGGAUCUGAAAGUUAUUUAUAUGUAGGUAACGAAUGCUUAUAUUUAAGAAAGGAAAUAUUUCUACAUGUGCACAUAGUUUUCAAGGUGUACCAUUGAAAUGAUUGUUGAUGAUAAAAAAAAAAAUAAUAGUC